AUGGUGAACGAACAUCGCGAAGCUAACAACAAACUAGCUGGCUAUGAGUUCUAUCAUCGCGUGCUCGGCUCACCGCGCUACAUUGUCGCACCGAUGGUGGAUCAAAGUGAGCUGGCGUGGCGCAUGCUCUGUCGCCGUUAUGGUGCUCAGCUUUGCUACUCACCGAUGUUCCAUGCGAAUCUGUUCGCCAACGACCUCAAGUACCGCAAGGAUGCUCUGCAAACCUGCACCGAGGACAGGCCAUUGAUAAUACAGUUCUGUGGUAAUGAUCCACAGCAGAUAUUGGAGGCAGCGCUGGCGGCACAGGAUUACUGCGAUGCAGUGGAUAUUAAUCUGGGAUGUCCGCAAGCGAUUGCCAAGCGUGGACAUUACGGCUCCUUCUUGCAGGAUGAGUGGGAGUUGCUGACACAGAUUGUGCGCACGCUGCACGAGAAGCUAUCGGUGCCGGUGACCUGCAAAAUACGUCGUUUCGAGGAUCGCGAAAAGACAAUUAACUAUGCCAAAAUGCUCGAGUCUGCCGGCUGUCAACUGCUGACGGUGCACGGCAGGACGCGGGAACAAAAGGGUCCGCUAACGGGCAUUGCAGACUGGAGCUACAUUAAGGAUGUGCGGCAGCAUGUCAAGAUACCCAUGUUUGCCAAUGGUAACAUUUUGGGGCUGGACGAUGUGCAUCGUUGUUUGGAAGAGACGGGUGUCGAUGGCGUCAUGACAGCCGAAGGGAAUCUGCACAAUCCCGCACUGUUCAAAGGCAUCGCACCUCCUGUUUGGCAAAUGGCCACCGAAUACUUGGAAUUUGUGCAUCUAUAUCCCUGUCCCACAUCCUAUAUACGCGGCCAUCUCUUCAAGCUCUUUCAUCAUAUCAUGAAUGUGAAACAAAACUCGGAAUUGCGGGAGCAACUAGCGACGGCCAAUCAGCUGGAACAAUUCCAAAGUGUGGUGGCCAAAAUCAGGGACAAAUAUGAACCGUAUCAGUCGGGCAAAGUUACUUACGAACCGGAAGAAAUGGAAAUCAACAUGAGCGCUGACGGAUCUGAGGAGCUGCCCGCGUUGCCUCCUUGGCUCUGCCAGCCGUAUAUACGCGCUUCGCCGGAAUCGCAUCGCCAGAAAAUCGCCGAGAAGGAACGUGAUGCCAGUGAUCCGAAUCGCGCUAAGCGACAGUAUUUCGAUAAUGCCGGCAACGAAAUCUCGCGAAAACGCAUGAAGAAGCUGCGAAGACGCCAGCGGCGACCAAACAAAACGGAGGCACAAAUUCAGCUACGGCAUGAACGACAUUUGGAGUACUGCACACAAUGCGCCAAUCCGUUGGGUUCCAAAUGCGAGUUUCGAUUGUGUCGCAUCUGCUGUCGCGAUAAAUGCUAUGCUGAGGAUUCGGAUUGUCCGGGUCAUGGCAUAUUAAUAAAGUCACGCCGUGCAAAGGCCAAGCAAUUUGAGGAGCAUUCCAAGCAACAAAAUAAUAAUGGGACACCGACGGAGGAAACUUCGCUAAGCAUUGAUAAUGUAGCUUUAGGUGGGAAUAUUUCUUGAUAUUUUCACUUUGUAAAUUUGCGGAAAUUUGUAUCAUCUACAAAUAUGGGAAAGUACUUUUUCUGUUGUUCCUAUGCUCUUCUGUGCAAAUAAACAAAAAUCUUAUUACAAAACUUUGAAUUUAGCGCCAAAAUUGAAUUAACAGCGCGAUUUACCUGAUGUUAAGAAGUGUCAUUACAUUAACAGCUGAUGUGCAUAACAUCAAGCAUUUCUGAGCAACUGAACUGGUUUAAAUGAGCAAAUUGAACUUAGAUGGCGGCAACUCUGUAAGAAGACAUCAAUACUAACAAUAUCGUGUUAUCGAUAUUUUUGUGCUUGUUGAUAGCAGUCGUCGGUAUUAUCCCAGCACUAGUCUAGCAAGCAAUAAACAAAAUAGACCAAUUUCGUCAAUUAUUAAAAGAUAUCACUGUUACAAGGCUUAAAACCCAAUCUCAAUGGCACAACGGCAGCUGACUUCUGCCAAGUGACACAAAGAUGCAGCCGUAAUUGCUGUCAAGCAAACAAUAGAUCAAGAAGCAUUGAACGUGCUGUCAGUGUGAACAAAUCUGUACUUUCCUUUGUUUUUGGGAGCCGAGUUUGUGAAUUAUUGGCCAUAUGGAUGAGAAUAAGACUUUUAGAUGCGACGUGGAUGGAUGCGGCAAAGCGUUCUGGUUCAAAGCCGCAUUACAACGCCAUCUGAAAACGCACAUUGUUGAGCCACCCGAUACCCCAGUUGUGACUUGGGGUUGCACCGAUUGUCCUAAAUUCUUUAGCAAUGUGGAAUCUUUGCGACGACAUUACAAAACAACACACGGCAACGUUGUCCUCUAUCCUUGCGAUUUCGAGGGCUGCAAUCAAAUGUUUCAGCGCAAGGACAAUCUAGUUCGACACGCAAGGUCGCACAAGGAUGGCAAGAACUGUUGUGACAUUUGCGGCAGAUCCUUCGCUCGCAAAGAUGCCCUAACAAGACAUAAAAAAGUUCAUACUAAAAAGAAAAAUGAUAAAAUCGAAAGAAACUGAAAAUUGUGGCACAACUGGAUCUCUUGUUUCCGCUAUUGAAAUUAAUGCAACUAUUGCCAUGCAGCUAUGGUCACUAUGAAUUUUUAAUGCGUUUAUGGACCAGCGCAUUCAAGGGCUUUCGCCACAUGAUGACAAAUCCAUCGCGCAGACAA